GUGGUGCAUGCGCUUCUCCAAGGCAACCAGGAUGUACUGUGUAUUGCAGGGACUGGGAUGGGGAAGACACUGGGCUUCUGGAUUUCAUUACUGUUCCGCGUCAAUAGCAUUCAGUUGGUCGUUACCCCAUUGAACUUACUUGGUAAACAAAAUGCCACAUCUCUCGCCAAGGCUGGAAUCCACACCAUAGCUAUCAAUGCAGAAACUGCUAGUGCUGCAAAUUUUUCGGUCAGUGUUACUUUGAAAUCUGUGGAAGACAGGCUGGAAGGUUGGUGA